UCACAAAAUCCUCGAGCCUCUUCGCUCAUGCCGCUAGAGAAAGCAACGGACAUGAUUAGUUCUCUGGAUGACCCUCUGAUAUUCCAACGGUUGAGAGUUUUCCAUCAAGUCAAGUGGGAGACGGGGUGGCUGCCGGUCAGCCGGCGGGAUUAUUUUCAUCCUGACCGGAAGUACCUGUUUGUGACUGGGGAGCGAGACAUGUGCGCGGGAAUCAAGCAUUUCCGAACCAGCCUAUCGUGCCGAAUCAAGGAGGCUCGGCAUCUGAACCGGACGCUGGUGCUUGACAUGCGCGUGUGCCUCAACCAAGUGCACAAUAACGGGAAAUUCGUGUACAAAGCUCUGCACGAGCACUUCGACCUCUCGUCGAUCAAGGCGCCCUUCACCCCUCUUCAGGGGUUUUUACGGAAAGCGUUGGCGUGGGAGAGAAUGAGGGAGAAGAGGCAGAGGGGGGGAGGGAAGGGGGGGAGGGAGAACGGGAAGAAUGGGGAGAGGGAGAAGGGGAGGCCGUCGUUUGGGGUGCGUGUGGUGAGGCGAGAGGCUUCUACUGCUACAGUGGCGCUUGAUUCAGUCACACCGCUGAUCAUUCGUGAAACUUCGUUUGGCUACAGUACGUGCAAGAUGCCAGGAACGCCCUUCAAUCCCGCAGAAGAGGUGGUUCAGUUUCGACCGGAGCUGCUGGCGCUGGCUGCCACCAUGUCAGAGUCCAUGCAUGGGGGUGACUAUGACGCCGUGCAUGUGCGGCGCGGAGACAAGCUGAAACCUCGCCUAUGGCCGCACCUGGAUAAUGACACGCAACCAGCAGCACUCCUGGAGAAGCUGCCCCGGUUCGUUGCACCUGGACGCACUCUGUACAUUGCCACGAAUGAGAAUACGACAGGCUUCUUUGAUCCCUUAAAGAGCCUCUAUGACAUCCGACUGCUGCAAGAUUUCAAGCACCUGUGGGACCCUGGGACCAUGUGGUAUGAUGGCUAUGCCAAUUUCGCCAGGCCUCGUCCAACCAUGGACGCAUACAUGGAGGUCAUUGUGGAAUAUUCAGUCCUGACAUUGGCGAAGUGUGUUGUUGAGACUUUUAAUGACCUGACAAGUGAUAAUGCAACGGGCACUUGGAAAUCAUGAGCAGUCCUAGAUGCCACCAAAAGUUUUGAGAGCACAGGAAGUACCUCCCUUGGCGACGAGCCAUACGAUGCCCAUUCCAAGAAACUCACCUUUCUUAUGCUCAUUGAAUGCGGUCUCAGGGUAACGAAUUAGCUAGAAUGAGUGAUACAGGGUGGUUUUGUCUUGAGUAGUACUCUCUAUGAGCAUGCACCUAUCUAGCCUAAAACAUAUACAAAUAUAUGUUGACACACCCCCUAUGCUAGACA